GUAGACUGUGCGGGUAACUGCACUGCGGGGACAUACUGGUCUGCUGCCUCAAGCAGCUGUCAGACAUGUGACACUGGAUAUUAUUGUCCAGGGUCAAAUUCAUCCCGCAUCCCCUGCAGUGCAGGUACUAUGAACAAUGCGACAGGCUCCUCAGAUAGCAGUGCCUGUAUAGCAUGUGCAGCUAAUGAAGUGAGCAGUGCAGGGGCAGCUGUGUGUGACCUGUGUCCAGCAGGGUAUAGCUGUACAGGGUCAACUAGCACCACAGCCUGUGUUCUGCCUCAGUAUUCACAAAUAGGAGAGACAGUGUGUAAUACAUGCCCCAACACCAGCAUAUGUGCAACGACUACUGGAGCACCUCAGGAGUGUCCUGCCGGUCAGGUCCCUAACUCUAACCAGAGUGCCUGUGAGAACUGUGCUGCUGGUCAGUACAGACGGUCAUCUGACCCAGCAUGUCAAGACUGCCCACUAGGAUACAAAUGUCCUACUGGGGGACUGUCUGCUCCAAUAGAAUGUCCAACAGGGUAUUAUCAGAAUGUGACUGGUCAAUCUGCAUGUGAAAUAUGUCCAGCUGGUCAUGAAUGCUCGGACCCUACUGCGGCCACUGCCUGCUUAGCUGGACAGUAUGCUGUAGCAGGGUCAACCAACUGCUCUAGUUGUGGUACAGGGUAUUAUGUUAUGGAAGGAUCAGGGUCUUGCACCCUGUGUCCUGCAGGCAAGGACUGCACUAACCCCUCAGUCACACCCUCAGACUGUCCUGCAGGUCAAUACAGUGGCCUUGGGGAGGCAGGGUGCAUCAGUUGUCCAUCAGGUAAAUUAAAUGUGGUGGUGGUGGUUUCCAUUGAAUUUUCCCUGUUUCAAAUCAUAAAGACCUUGCUGUCAAUAUUUAGCCCUAUUAACUGUACAGCUGGUACAUAUAGCCCACUGGGGGAACCAGGGUGCAGAACAUGUGCUUCAGGCUACUAUAGUGCAUCUGGAACUGAAAACUGUACAAUAUGCCCCACUGGAAAGAACUGCAUAAAUCCAGGGGUGGCACCACCCCCUGACUGCUUAGCAGGGUCCUUCAGCCUGGAAGGGAGCACUGGAUGUACAAAUUGCCCCCUGGGUACAUAUCAAGACACCCCAGGGGCGGGCACAUGUUUGCAAUGCCCUUCUGGGAAAGAUUGUAAUAAUGCUUCUGCUACCCCAUCCGAUUGUUUUGCUGGGUUUUAUAGUCCUGCUGGGGAGACAAAUUGUUUGGCCUGUGGCACAGGCUACUAUAGCGCAUCUGGAGCUGAAAACUGUACAAUAUGUCCCACUGGAAAGAACUGCAUUAACCCAGGGGUGGCACCACCCCCUGACUGCUUAGCAGGGUCCUUCAGCCAGGAAGGGAGCACUGGAUGUACAAAUUGCCCCCUGGGUACAUAUCAAGACACCCCAGGGUCGGGCACAUGUUUGCAAUGCCCUUCUGGGAAAGACUGUAAUGAUACAUCAGCUACCCCAUCUGAUUGUUUUGCGGGGUUUUAUAGUCCUGCUGGGGAGACUAAUUGUUUGCCUUGUGGUACAGGAGAAUACAGUAGUGGUGGAGCUGGAAGCUGCUCUCCAUGUGAAGCAGGUUAUUAUUGCACUGCAGCCACACAGACACCCUGUGGCAUAGGGAAAUACAGCAGUGCAGGGGCAACAGUCUGCAGCAGUUGUACUGCAGGUUAUUUCUGUCCCAACUCCACUGUGGAGUUUCCUGAGGAGUGUUCCGCAGGGUACUUCUCUGCAGCUGCGGCUGCCAACUGCACAAUAUGCCCAGUUGGGAAUGAGUGUCCAGUGACCAGGAUGACAUCUCCGUCACCUUGUCAGAAUGGGACCUAUGCUGACAGUCAAGGGUCUACAUCUUGCAGUGCUUGUCCUGCAGGCAGGAAAUGCACUUCCACAACUGGCACUCCAGUCCCGUGUCUUCAGGGUACUUUCAGCCCUGAAGGCUGGACCAUAUGUCUGACAUGUGAAGACGGAGACUAUGCAAAUGAUACAGGAUCUGCCUCGUGCACCCCGUGUCCUGAGGGUUACAGCUGUGAAGACAAGACAAUUGCCCCUGUGAUAUGUGCUGCUGGAACAUACAGUAAUGGGAGCAGUAAAUAUUGUACUGAUUGUGUCCCAGCGCAGGUGAAGGAAGCCUCAGGGCCUGGCACCUGUACUGACUGCCCUGCUGGCUAUGAGUGCCCUAGUGUAACAUCAAAACAAGCAUGCUCCAGUGGCUACUACUCCCUUGGUGGACUUAGCGCCUGUGUCCCCUGUCCAGGGGGGCACAGCUGUUCAGACCCCAGUGUUGCCCCAGUGGAAUGUACAGCAGGGAACUAUGCUUCCAACGCCAGUAGUUCAUGUACUCCAUGUCCGGCUGGUCAGUACUGUCCAGAUAAUGGAAUGAUUGAGCCACUGCACUGUCCAACUGGGUAUUACCAGACUGCUACUGGAGGAUCUAAUUGUACACAGUGCCCACAGGGUCACCAGUGUGCCAGCCCUGACUCUGCUGCUGUGGCCUGUUUGGCUGGACAAUAUCAAGACCAGUAUGGAAUGACCAGUUGUAAACAGUGUCCUGAUGGCUACUACACUACAGGGACUGGCACAGUGACCUGUACCCAGUGUCCAGCAGGCAGUAAAUGUCCAGACCCUUCUGCCUCACCUGUGGCUUGCUCUGCUGGAGAGUUCUCAGAUGCAGGAGCCACAGGGUGUCAGGUGUGCCCUGCUGGUACCACAUGUACUGGAGAUGGAUCUGCUCCUGCCACAUGCUCUACUGGAGAAUACUCCAAUGGCACUGCUUGUAUCCCCUGUCCAGUUGGCUACUACUGUCCAUCUCCACUGAGUGGACCUCAGAGCUGCCAGGAGGGGACGUACCAAGACGUGACUGGUCAAUCUUCCUGCAAGGCAUGUCCAGCUGGUCAGUCAUGUCCAGAUGUGGCGGGAACCCCAGUUGAUUGUAAUCCUGGUUACUAUAGCCAGAGUGGAGAGUCUGCUUGCAGGUCUUGUGAGUCAGGUUUCUACAGUGAUUCUGCAGCCUCCAGUUGCCUGGUGUGCCCAGGGGGACAGUACUGUUAUGAUGGAGCCAACUACACCAGCCCAGUCGACUGCCAGAAUGGCACCUACAGCCCCCAGGGGAAGUCUGUUUGUGAACCUUGUACUGCAGGCCUGUACAGUAUCAGUGGGGCAGCAGCCUGCUCCCUGUGUCCAGCUGGCUACUCCUGUCUUGACCCGGCCAAUCCUCAACCAUGUGGAGCUGGUACCUACAGUGUGGGAGGAACUAUCCUGGAGUGUACAGCGUGUCCUGCUGGCUAUGAGUGCAGUGUAACCACAGACAACCCCCAGCCCUGUGGCUUUGGCAACUAUUCCACUGUGAACUCCACAUCCUGUAGCAUGUGUCCUAUGGGGUUCUCCUGUCUGAAUCCAGGGAGUACCCCUGUGGCCUGUGCAGAGGGCUACUACAGCUUGGAGGGCGAAGGCAAAUGCAAGCAGUGUCCAGCAGGCUCAGCAUGUAAUGAUACUGGUGUUGUGGCAUGUGUAUCUGGGGAAUAUAGCUUAAAAGGGGAACUUAACUGCACAGAAUGUCCAGUCGGCUACAUGUGUCCAUUCACUAGCUUUGCACCCAUUGCAUGUCGGAGUGGUCAACAUACAAACGGAGUGGGUGGACAGGUCACUUGUACUGAUUGCCUGGCCGGUACCAGCUGUCCAAGCACACUUGUGUCCCCAGUGACCUGUAAUGCUGGAGAGUACAGCCUGAACAAGUCUGUGAACUGCUUGACCUGUCCAUCUGGGGCAGCAUGUCCAGAUGUGGCCUCCUGGCCAGUGACCUGUACCCCAGGGACCUUCUCCCCAGGGGGUCAGACCAGCUGUAGUGAAUGUCCAGCCGGCUAUGCUUGUCCCUCAAUUAGGACAGACACUGAUAAAUAUCCCUGUCCAAGUGGUACAUACUCUCUUGGCAACCAGUCUUCUUGCACAUCAUGUCCAGCUGGGAAGUAUUGUCCAUCUACUACAGUGGACACAGAACUGGACUGUACAGCUGGCAGCUAUGCUGUGGUGAAGCAGGCUUCGUGUACACCAUGUCCUGCUGGCUGGCAGUGUGCUGCUGUGGACGGCUCACAGAAUUCACAGUGUAUCAAUGGAUACUUUUCUUUAGGCAAUCAAACACAGUGCACAGAAUGCCCAGCAGGUUAUGCCUGCCCAAGCAGAAGUUCAAACCAGACAUACACCUGCCCAUCAGGCUACUACUCCCUAGGGAGAGCCACCUCUUGCACAGGAUGUCCACCAGGAAAAAAAUGUCCCAGUACAAACUCAGACUCAGACAUUGCAGAUUGUGGCGCUGGACAGUAUAGUGGUGGCAACAGGGCAGCAUGUGGUGUGUGCCCAGCAGGAAAAUUCUGCCCCAGUAAAUACAUGGACAUUGAAUUUGAUUGUGUAUUUGGAACGUAUUCUGAUGAGGCUGCUGAACAAUGUACAGUUUGUCCAGCUGGUCAAGAGUGUCCUCUUACGAACCAAACUGGUGUUGCUUGUGCAGAUGGCUACUACAGCCUGGGUGGUCAAGUGGCCUGUACACCAUGUCCAGCUGGCUACUACUGUGCUCAGAAGGACAUUGCACCUCUGCCUUGUCAGGCUGGGACAUACAGUAAUCAGUCUUCUGUGGCAUGUGAAAGUUGUUUGCCUGGGUAUACCUGCAGAGUAGGCAGCACUAGUAACAAGCCAGCACAGGAUAUAUGUCCAAUGGGAUAUUUCUGCCUUGAUGGUGAACUAGCCACUGAAUGUCCAGAUGGUACAUAUGGUAACAGGACAGGAGCCACCUCACAGGAAGAGGGCUGCCCACCAUGUCCAUCUAGCUACUACUGUCCACCAGCCACUGCCGGCUUCCCUAGUAAAAGCCUUUGGUGUCCAGUUGGUCACUACUGUCCAGAGGGGACAGGCAACACCAAACCUCAGUGUCCAGCUGGAACUUUUAAUGAUCGUCAAGGCAUGGCCAAUGUGUCAAAUUGUAUUCCAUGCACUCAAGGUAUAUACUGCCCAGAUGGAACCCCUACUCAAGACUCUGACAACUUGGCUUGUCCCAGAGGCAGUUACUGUCCCGUGGGAACUGGGGUUCCCAUCCCAUGUCCUGGUGGGAAAUACACAGAAGAAGAAGGCAGCACUGGUCUGGAGUUCUGCAAGUCAUGCCCAGUAGGGCACUACUGUCCAAGUGGGUGUGACACCCCGAUAGCGUGUGUUGCUGGGACUAUGAAUCCACUGAGAGAGCAAGAGAAUGUGACAUCCUGUGCCCCUUGUACUUCAGGGUGGGCCUGCACCAUGUCUGGGCUCUCUGAACCAAACUACAGGUGUUCCCCAGGGUACUACUGCCCAGGAGGGAACUUUUUGCCUAACCAGACGGAGUAUGCCUGUCCAGCUGGUACCUACACAGACUACAACAACCUGACCACCAUUGACCAGUGUGAUAUAUGUCCAGAAACAGUGGCUUGUCUCAUAGGGACGGGUGGCAUCCAGAAACCUGCUGUCUCUUGUGCCAAGGGUCAUUUCUGCCCUAAUGGAACUGCUUACCCAACACAACACCCAUGCCCAGCAGGAACAUGGACCAAUCAGACAAACCUGAAACAAGUUGAGGAAUGCUAUGUGUGCCCAAGAAGAUAUUACUGUUUGGAAGGGUCUCCUGCACCAACUGGGCUCUGUUUCCAAGGGCAUUGGUGUCCUGAUGGCACCCCUGCUGGCAACAGUAACCCAUGCCAUGCUGGUUCCUACAACAACUUGACUGGUAUUUCUAAGUGGGAGUCCUGUCUGGACUGUCCUCCUGGAAGCUACUGUCCCCAGGCCUCUGUACUGCCCACAGCAUGCAGCGCUGGCUUUUACAACCCAGACUACAAAGGGGAGAACAUUUCAGCCUGUUUGGAUUGUCUGGCAGGUUACUAUUGUCCAGAAGAUGGCGUAUAUGACCCACCAGUCUGUGGCAAAGGCAACAUGUCAGACAGUGGAGCCGUGGCAUGCUCUAUUUGUUCUGCUGGAUACUACUGCGACAGCAACACCACUAGCUACAGUUUCAUGUUAUCCGACAGGGUAUGUCCAGCUGGGUUGGAGUGUCCACCAGGAAUGUACCGGUCACCUGAUUUGGUGUCAAAUAAAUGUCGCCAGGGACAUUAUUGUCCCCGAGGUGAUGUCAACCCGUAUCCCGUCCCCUGUCCCAUCGGAACCUUCAAUGCUUUAUAUGGCCUGAAACAGGUGUCAGAGUGCCAGGAUUGUACUGCAGGGUAUUAUUGUGACACAGAAGGACUGGUGGCACCAAAUGACACUUGUCCAGGUGGCUACUACUGCCCACUAGGCACAGGUGACCGGUUCACGUUCCCCUGCCCCAUUGGAUUCUACAGAAACGGAUCAGCAAGGGAGUCAUUCCAAGACUGCACAGAGUGUAUAUCUGGGUAUUACUGCGAUGUAGAAGGGUUGGCUGAACCUAAAGAAUGUCCACGUGGGUUUUUCUGUGUGACAGGCAGUACUUAUCCACAGCCAUGCUCCCUGGGAACCUACGGAAACUCCACCACUCUGAGAACUAGCUCUGAGUGUACUCCUUGCCCUGGUGGCAAGUACUGUGAUGGAAUAGGUCGGACAGAACCUACAGGUUUGUGUGAUCCUGGCUUCUAUUGUAGAGAAAAAGCAUAUACAUCAGCGCCACCUGAUGGACCCACUGGUGGUGUCUGCCCAGCAGGAGGCUACUGUCCCGAGGGGUCGGCUAUUGCUUCAUCCUGUGAAGUUGGAAAAUAUAGUAAAUCGCCAGGUGCAAAAACACUGUACGACUGCAUACCUUGUGACCCUGGAUAUUUCUGCGCUGGUUCCCAAAGUAGUGCUGCCACUGCCCCCUGUGCUGCUGGUUACUAUUGCAUAGGUGGCGCUGGGACAGCAACACAGCAUGAAACACCUGCUGGGUACUACACAGAGGCAGGUGCCUUCAAACCAGAACCGUGCCCACGAGGCUCUUACCAGCCAGCCGUCAGGUCUGCAUCCUGUCUGUUAUGUCCGCAAGGUUAUUAUUGCAACAGCACCGCUGCCACUGACGCAGACAAGAUCAUUUGCCCCAGAGGUGCUUACUGCCCACAAGGAAGCACCAUACCCACAGAGUGUCCUUUGGGCUACUUCCUUGACGGUGAAGGCAGUGCUGAGCUGAGCAACUGUAACCCAUGCACAGAAGGCUUUGCCUGUACAGUCUCUGGCCUGCCUUCUCCUAUACUCCCCUGCCAUGCUGGUCACUACUGUCCACAGGGUACCAACACCACUACGCCGGUCAAUGAUGCACCAGAUGGGGGUGACCUCUGUCCUGCUGGUUACUACUGCCCAGAGGGAACAGCAUCCUAUGCCCAUAACCCAUGUCAAAAUGGGACCUAUAGUAAUUACACAGGCAACCAGGCAGUUGAGAAUUGUACUGCAUGUGAGCCUGGCAUGGUGUGUAAUGGAGAAGCAUUGACUGAACCAACUGGACUGUGUGAUCCAGGGUACUAUUGUGUGGGUGGAGCCAAGAGUCCAAAACCCAAUGAUGGAGGGGCCACUGGAGAUAUAUGCCCCACUGGAUAUCAUUGCCCUCAAGGAUCAGCUAUAUAUCAACAGUGUCCACCAGGCUCCUUCUCCAAUGUCACUGGACUGGCCACCUGUUUUAGUUGUCCAGCUGGCUACUACUGUGAACUGGACACUAACAAUGAUGCUUACGUAGUUCCUCGUGCUUGUUGGAAGGGACGUUACUGCCCCGGAAAUACCUCCAUUGCGAUGCCGAAAUGUCCACCUGGGACUUAUAGCAAUGUGUAUGGUCUGCAAAGUGAGGACCAGUGUGCCCCAUGUGAGGGAGGCUACUACUGUCUGUGGGGAGCCACAGGGUAUGACCCCUCUGUGAAUGUCACCAGUUCUGGUGUGGGCAAAUGUGAGCCUGGAUACUACUGCAAGUCAGGUACCAAUACCAGCACCCCAACCAAUGACACCACAACAGGUAUAGGUGGACCAUGUCCAGCUGGCUUCUACUGUCUGGAGACCACUGAAGACCCCUACCCUUGUCCCAAUGGUACCUACAGAGACACUAUUAUGGGGAUGACUGUAGGAGACUGUAUAGACUGUAAACUAGGCUAUUACUGUGGCACCACCAACUUGACAGAUGGAGAAGGGCCCUGUGAUCCUGGGUUUUACUGUCUGAGAGGAAAUGCUGAACCCAAUCCUACUGGCAACAACCCAGCCCAAGGUGGACCCUGCCCCAUUGGUCACUACUGUCCAACUGGCACCUCCUACCCACUAGGCUGUAAUGCAGGCACAUAUAACAACCUCACCGGUCAAGCCACCUGUUUCAGUUGUCCAGCUGGCUUCUUUUGUCCAGAAAACAUCACAAGUUAUGAGCCAUUCCCAUGUCCAGUUGGCCAUUACUGUCCAAAUGGUACCCAACACGCUGUCCAGUAUAAGUGUCCAAGAGGGUACUUCAGAAACUUGACCAUGGGUGAGGAGCUGGCAGAUUGCUUCCCCUGUCCUGGUGGCUAUUACUGCGGUGGUGAAGGGCUUGACUGGCCAACUGGUCAGUGUGAUGCAGGUUUCUUCUGUGUGAAUGCUGCCUGGUCUGCCCAGCCAUAUGAAUAUAACAACUACACUGAUGGGGACUGUCUUUGCCCUACCAACUCCACAGGAGGGGAGUGCCAGCCUGGGUAUUACUGUCCAACUGGAUCAGAGGAGCCAAUCAUAUGCAGGGAGGGGAGCUACUGUGCCACACCAGCUCUACCAGACGUCACAGGCCCUUGUCUGGAAGGCUACUACUGCAAUGUGGGUGCCACACAAAUGGAUCCUACAGAUGGCACCACAGGAGAUGUCUGUCCCGCUGGGAGGUUCUGUCCCAAUGGAACCACCACCAAUCAGCCCAAGUGUCCUGAGGGGACAUUCUCCAAUACUACAGGGCUCAGACGUGUAGAUGAGUGUACCCAGUGCAAGGCUGGGUAUUACUGUGAUAAUACUGGCCUCACUGAACCUACUGGACCUUGUGAUGAGGGUUACUACUGCCCACCAGGCCAGAACACCAGUAAUCCUUUCCCCUGUAGUCCUGGCUACUACUGUGUCCAGGGCAGCACACAGGAGGUGGCCUGUCCAUCAGGGCAGUACCAGGACCAGAGUGCACAGGGGAGGUGCAAGUUCUGCUCGUCAGGUUUUUACUGUGACAACGCCAAUGCUCCAAUUACAAACUACACAGUGUACCCCUGUCCUGUGGGCCACUACUGCCUCAAUGGCACAGAGUGGAGCACACAAUAUGGCUGUCCUACUGGCACCUAUAACCCAUACACCAUGCUGGAGAGGGAGGACCAGUGUACUCCCUGUGACGCUGGGAAGUACUGUGGGACUGUUGGGAGCAAUGUUACUCAAGGUGACUGUACUGCUGGGUACUGGUGUAUCAAUGGCUCUAGCACUCCAACACCAACAGAUGGCGUUAGUGGUCAGUCCUGUCCUGAAGGGAACUACUGCCCCAGGGGAACCCCCAGUCCUGUCCCCUGCCCCAUGGGAACCUGGUCUAACAACACUGGCCUUGCCUUGGCCGAGGAAUGCCUUCCGUGUGCUGGAGGGUAUUACUGUAACCAGACUGGUCUUAUGACACCAUCAGGUCCAUGUGCUGCUGGGUUUUACUGCACAUCUAAUUCUACAACACCAACUCCCAACGAUGGUGGCACCACGGGAGAUCCCUGCACUCUGGGGCACUAUUGUCCAGAGGGGACAGCUGUGCCAGUGCCUUGUAGUCCAGGGACGUAUAUGACACAGACCCAAGCUGAAGCCUGUGACCCAUGUCCAGCUGGUCAUUAUUGUAUUACUGGACUGACCCCAGAGACCUGUCCACCAGGGUUCUAUUGUCCUGAGGGCACUGGACAUGUGUGGCAAUCUUGUCCUGCAGGUACAUUUAGCACAGCUCCUGGCCUGGCCAACACCACCCAGUGUACCCAGUGUACAGGCGGCUACUACUGCAGUGAGCCCAAUGCCACCACAGUCACUGCAGAGUGUGAUGCUGGCUACUACUGCACAGAAGGAUCAGAUACACCUACACCUAAUGGUGGUAACACCGGUGUGGCUGGACCAUGUCCAGGAGGUCACUACUGUCCAGCUCGGACGGUCACUCCUCAGGGCUGCCCAAUAGGAAGGUACAGUAACCAGACCCAUUUGACUAAUGACUCAGCUUGUCAGUUGUGUUCAUAUGGUAAGUACUGUGGCACUGAAGGACUAGCAGAGCCAACUGGUGACUGUUGGGGAGGAUUUUACUGUCUCCUUGGAGCUCAGGUUCCCAACAAUCCCGUCCUUGAUUCCACGGGUGGACCCUGUCCAGCAGGUCACUACUGCCCCAAUGGGACUGCGUAUCCACUAGGAUGUCCAGCUGGCACAUAUAACCCAACAACUGGUCUGACUGAAUGUAUCACCUGCCCAGCUGGCUACUUCUGUCCAGAGAACUCGACAAUAUACACGGGCAAUGAUUGUAUAGUCGGUCACUACUGCCCCAAUGGCACAGCUUACCAAGACCAGUUCCCAUGCCCCAGGGGUUACUAUAACAACCAGACAGGCUCAGGUAGCAUUGAUGACUGUACCCCAUGUGACCCAGGCAUGUAUUGUGAGGCCCAAGGGAAUAGUGAGCCCACUGGGGCCUGUGCUGAGGGCUGGUAUUGUGUGAGAGGAGCCUGGGAUGCACAGCCUACUAAUGAGGGGAAUGUUUCUAUUACUAGUAACUGUUUCUUUGAGACCAACUCCACUGGAGGCCAGUGUCAGCCUGGAGAGUUCUGUCCUACUGGGUCUAACCAGCCGGUACCCUGCUCUGCAGGUUACUUCUGCAAUGUUUCUGGCCUGCCCAAUGUGACCGGUCCCUGUGCUGCAGGCUACUACUGCACCCUGGGGGCAUCACGCCCUGACCCCCAGGAUGAUGCUACAGGUGGUCAGUGUCCAGGUGGUCACUACUGUCCUGAGGGCACUGGAACCCCUGUCCCCUGUCCACCAGGAUACUACACUAACAGUACAGGGAAUGAGGAUUUCACUGGCUGUAGGCUUUGUACUGCAGGCUACUAUUGUGAAGACAGUGGAAUGCAAGCCCCCAGUGCCCAGUGUUCUGCUGGCUUCUAUUGUCCAGAAGGUCAAAACAACAGCAUGCCCUCUGACUACAUAUGUACACCUGGUCACUUCUGUGUGGUGGGCAGUGCACUGCCACAGGCGUGUCCUUCAGGAACAUAUCAAGAUGAAUUUGGAGGAAGUGACUGCAAAGGCUGUCCAUCUGGCUACUACUGUGAUGGAACAAUCCAGAAUGAUACCCACUGUAGCCACGGUGUCCAGAACCCCACCUCAUGUCCAACCGGUCACUACUGUCCAAACAACACCAGAUAUGCCACAGAAUACGGCUGCCCUAAUGGAACAUACAGCAAUCUCACCAACCUCCAGACUGCUGGCGACUGCACCCCGUGCACCCCAGGGUAUUACUGUGACAGGGAAGGGUUGUCUGCUCCCCAGGGAGAGUGUCAUGCUGGGUUUUAUUGCACUCUGGAGGCUGUCCACCCCGAGCCCACUGAUAACAUCACAGGGGCUAUUUGUCCACCAGGAGCAUAUUGUCCUCAGGGAUCUCCAUCUCCAACCCUGUGUCCACCGGGGACGUACAAUCCAACUGAAGGUCUGGAAGCAGUUGGUCAGUGUACACCAUGUGACCCAGGCAAACACUGCCCUGGUUAUGGCCGUACUGACACUGCAGGCAACUGUUCUGCUCGAUACUACUGUACUGGUAAUGCCUCAACUGACCAACCAACUGAUGGCACCACUGGUGACCAGUGUCCAGUUGGUCACUACUGUCCAUCUGGAACCUCGGCACCAAUCCUGUGUGAGCCUGGGACCUAUACGGAUAAUGUGCUUACUGAGGUGUGUCAGUCAUGUCCAGCUGGUCACUACUGUAUUAAUGGCUCACAUCCUCAGGCUUGUCCAAGUGGGUUUUAUUGUCCAGAAAUGACAGGUUAUGUAUGGCAGCCUUGUCCAUCGGGGACAUUCAGUAGUGCAACUGGGUUAUCAAAUGAGACCCAAUGUACCCAGUGUACUGGAGGCUUCUACUGUGACACAACAAACCUCACAGCUGAAAGUGGACCUUGUUCUGCAGGGUACUUCUGCAGAAGUGGCUCAGACGAUAUGACACCUUCGGGAUCAGGCAAAGGAGAUGCUGGGAUAUGCCCAGUUGGUCACUACUGUCCAGCGCAGACCCAGGACCCUGUGGCAUGUCCAGCUGGGACUUUUAACAACGAGACUGGUCGAAGUGAUUUGGGUCAUUGCCAAGACUGUCUCCCAGGGUGGUAUUGUGAUACCCCAGGGCUGGAGUACCCUGUGGGUCAAUGUGAACCUGGCUACUACUGCACCCUGGCCUCAAACAGCUCCAGUCCCCCUGUGGUCACUGCCUCUGGUGGUCCCUGUCCAGCUGGAAGUUACUGUCCACUUGGAUCACCUCUGCCCAUCCAGUGUCCUGCAGGGACAUACAGUCCGACUGAAAUAUCAUCUAACUGCACUAACUGUCCAGCUGGGUAUUACUGUGAAACUGGCAGCUUUAACAUCACAAUUUGUCCAAAGGGAUACUACUGCCUGGAGUUGACAGAAUUUGCCUACCAGUACCCAUGUGACAAUGGCACCUUCAACAACAACACUGGAUCCACAGACCAAAAUGCCUGCACCCUGUGUACCCCAGGGUAUUACUGCCCCAGAGAAGCCAUGCCAGAGCCAGAGGGCCAGUGUGACCAGGGGUGGUACUGCACCCUGGGAUCAUGGUCCAACCAGCCUAGUGUCCUGGGUAAUGAUACAGGCUCAGACUGUAACUGCCCAGCCCAGAGUAUUGGAGGCAUGUGUAAAGCAGGGACCUUCUGCCCCCAGGGGUCAUCUCAGCCGACCCCCUGCACCCCAGGGUACUACUGUCUCACAGAUGAACUACCAGCUGUAUCAGGACCCUGUGCUGCAGGGUUCUAUUGCAAUGGCAGUACAAUCCUUCAACAACCUGUGAAUGAAACCACUGGGGAUAUAUGUCCGAAGGGUCACUACUGCCCAGAGGCCAGUGCUUACCCAAUAGCCUGCCAGCCUGGAGAAUUCUCCAACAACUUUGGCAAUCAAAAUAUCACUAACUGUCAGCCAUGUACAGCAGGCCAGUACUGCACAGGUUAUGGCCGUGACCUCCCAGAUGGUGACUGUGACAUUGGUUGGUAUUGUCCAGAAGGCAUGACUGUUCCUCAACCUCUAGGACAACAGUGCUUAGCUGGACAUGCUUGUCCAGUGGGCAGUCCUGACCAGACUGCUUGUUCAUCUGGCACAUACCAACCAAAUGUAGGCCAGGGAGAAUGCCUGAUGUGUCCAGCUGGCAAAUACUGUGACCGCAAUGAAGCCAUAGCAGAACUGCAGAGUGGAGAGAAUGCAACAUCACAUGGAGUGGUUACUCCGAAGGACUGCCCAGCUGGUUUCUACUGUCCUAAUGGCACCCAGACUGCCCGGCAAUUCCCUUGUCCUGUUGGAACGUACAGUAACACUACACAGCUGGAGAAUGUUACAGAAUGUAGAGACUGUCCUGUUGGAUUCUAUUGCGAGGCAGAGAACAUCACCAGCCCCACUGGCCUUUGUACCCCGGGUUUCUACUGUGUCCUGGGUGAAAUAACACCAAGUCCACCUAAUGUUACAGACCGAGGAGGCCCCUGCCCACAGGGUACUUACUGCACAGAAGGCAGCUCCUGGCCAACACCAUGUCCCCAGGGUACUUAUGGUGACAGAGACAGACUGCCAUCCGAGGCCGAUUGUGCUAUAUGUCCACCAGGGGAGUUCUGUGCCGUGUCGGGCAUGAUAGCACCAAAUGGAUCCUGCCUGGCUGGGUUUUACUGUACAAACAGGUCAUCAGAGGCCAACCCCUUGGGUCAGGCAUAUGGAGAUGAGUGUCCAGUGGGUCACUACUGUCCAACACACAGCUAUAUGCCAACACCAUGCACAGCUGGAACAUACAAUCCUGUUGUCCAGAGCACCAAUGUCACAUCAUGUUUACAGUGUGAUCCAGGAAAGUUCUGCAACUACUCGGGAGCAGCUAAUGUAACAGGGGAUUGCUAUGCAGGCUUUUACUGUACACUCGGAGCAAGCAACCCAGCCCCAAGAGAUGGACUCACAGGAGACAUCUGCCCAGCUGGGUCUUACUGCCCAGUUGGGUCCCCUCAGCACUUCCACUGUCUUAACGGCACCUUUACCAACUACACAGGUGCCUCAGAGUGCACCAUCUGUCCUGAGGGCUACCUCUGUGUUAAUCGUGACCGAGCUGACCAGUGUCCACCAGGCUACUACUGCCCAGUGGGUACUGGGGCUAACCUGCAGCUGUGUCCAGCUGGGACAUAUAACCCUGGGUAUGGACUGACAGCAGAGAAUGAGUGUACUCAAUGUGAUGGUGGGAAGUAUUGUCAGCACCCUGCUGCUGCGGCUGUGAGUGGGAACUGUUCUGAGGGUUACUACUGUAGAACAGGUGUGGACACUGCCACCCCAUCUGGCAACCAUACUGGUGAUGGAGGAAUAUGUCCAGUUGGUCACUACUGUCCACUUUCUACUGCUGACCCUAUACCAUGUGAGGCAGGAUCCUACAGUGACAGUGAGGGUCAAGCCAACUGCACCGUCUGCCCAGGUGGCUACUACUGCCUAGAGAACUCCACAACCUACACAGAACUGUGUCCAUCUGGCUAUUACUGUCCAGCAGGAACAGGUGCCCCCUAUGACUACCCUUGCCCCAAGGGGUCAUAUAACCCUGUGAAUGGAAGCAAUGGCCCAGAGGAUUGCUUGUCUUGUCCUCCAGGACAGUACUGUCAAUUUGAUGGAAUGUCAGCUCCCAGUGGUAACUGUACAGAGGGAUACUACUGCUCUGGAGGCUCCUACAUGGCCGAACCCAAUGAAUAUGGCAAUGCCACUAGCCUGUCUGAAUGUACCUGCCCACUGGUCAACUACACAGGUGGACGCUGCUGGCCAGGGACAUACUGUCCCAGUGGCAGUUGGUACCCUGUGCCCUGUGAUGCUGGGUACUACUGUCAUAACUAUGGCCUAGCACUGCCUGCAGGCCUGUGUAACGCAGGGUAUUACUGUAACGCCAAUGCCUCUCAGCCUGACCCACCUUAUGCCGUGUGUCUACCUGGACAUUACUGUGAACAGGGGUCAGGGACACCCACUCCAUGUCCAGCUGGGACAAUGUCGGACACAUGGGGAAAUGUGAACAUCACAGACUGCUUGGCUUGCACCCCUGGCUACUACUGCUCAGGAAAUGCCAAUACUAAUAUCACUGGGCCCUGUUCAGCUGGCUUCUACUGUCCUGCUGGUCAGUCCACUGCAUCACCUGCUGAGUAUAAUUGUACCAUUGGUCACUAUUGUCCUGGUGCUAAUGGACAGCCACUAGCAUGUCCAGCUGGAUUCUAUCAGAAUGAAGAGGGAAUGAGUAGCUGUAAGGACUGUCCAGCUGGAAGUUACUGCAACCCAGUGGAAGCAGCAGCCUUGUACAAUGUGUCCAGUCAUGGUGUGGUCACUCCUGUUGACUGUCCAGUCGGUCACUACUGCCCCAACAACACCCAGGCACAAAACCAGUACCCAUGUCUAGUGGGUACCUUUGGCAACACAACAAAUUUGCACUCCGAGGCCCAGUGUCUGCCCUGCAGUGGAGGAUACUAUUGUGAUGCUCUAGGCCAAGCAGCUCCACGUGACACCUGUGACGCAGGCUAUGUCUGUGUCUCUGGAGCCAACAACUCUCGCCCAACAGAUGGCAGCACUGGAUAUGAGUGUCUGCCUGGCUACUACUGCCCAAGAGGGUCAGACCAGGGGAUACUGUGUCCACUCGGAACAUUCAGUAACCAGUAUGGACAGGAGAAUGUAACAGGGUGCCAGUCUUGUACACUUGGCAUGUACUGUGCCACAGAGGGUCUGACCUCUCCCACUGGGAACUGCACAGCAGGACACUACUGUGUUUCUGGAGCCAUUCUGCCCAACCCUGGUAGUAACGAGACAUAUGGAGGGAUGUGCUGGGCUGGUCACUACUGUCCAGAGGGCACUGGUGACCCCAUCCCCUGUCCACAGGGGACAUUCCUACCUGACGAGGGAAGAAGUGCAGUGGACGACUGCCUGAACUGUACUGGAGGGAAAUACUGUGACACCACUGGACAGACUAAUGUCACUGGUGACUGCACUGCUGGUUACUACUGCAGCAGCAAGUCCAGCAGUGCCACACCCACUGAUGGUGUCACUGGUCAAGAGUGUCCAGCUGGCUAUUACUGCCCCACUGGAUCUUCUGCCCCCAUACCUUGUGAUGAUGGCACCUACAUGAACCACACCCAAGCUGCGCUCUGUGACAUAUGUCCACCACGUUACUACUGCGUCAACAAAGACAGAGUUGACCCCUGUCCAAGGGGCAAGUACUGUCCAGGCAACACUGGCUUUGACUGGGGGCUGUGUCCACAGGGAACCUACGGUCCAGUGGAGAUGCUGGAGAAUGCCACAGAGUGUACACAGUGCGAUGGAGGGUACUACUGUAGUGAGACUGGAGCUGUCAACGUGACUGGGCCCUGUUAUCCUGGUUAUUUCUGCCAGCAUGGUGUGAACACGCCUGCACCAAAUAAUAAUAACACUGGCUAUGGAGAUGGCUGUCCAGCUGGUCACUACUGUCCAGAAGGCUCUAGUGAUGCUAUUGGCUGUGCAUCGGGGACGUAUACCAACAUGACCCACCAGGCAACAUGUCUCCCAUGUGAACCUGGCUACUACUGCACUGCCAGCUCUACCACAUACCUGGAUCUGCCUUGUCCUACAGGAGCCUACUGUCCACAGGGCACAGGGUCUCCAUAUCAGUAUGAGUGUCCAGCAGGCACCUACAACAACAGAACAAUGGCGGAUGAUGCCUUUGACUGUCUGCCUUGUCCAGCUGGUCUGUAUUGUGCUGGUGAUGGUCUGGCUGAACCAAGUGGUGAAUGUGCCCCAGGCUGGUUCUGCAGUCGUGGUGCUUUCUCCUCCAAACCCACACCAUAUGUGAACACCACUGAUGACUACAGUGUGAACGGGUCCUGCCCUAUCUACUCUCUCAACGAGACUGGAGGAAUAUGCACACCAGGCAACUACUGUCCCAAUGGGUCAUCCCAAGCAAUCCCGUGUCCUCCAGGCCAGUACUGUGAUGUGUAUGCUCUGGCCAGCCCAGCUGGAGACUGUAGAGAGGGCUACUACUGUAAUGGCAGCUCUGUGGUAGAGAACCCAGUGGAGUGUGCUAAAGGUCACUACUGUCCAACUGGGACCACUAUCCAGCAGGCCUGUCCAGCCGGGACAUUUGCAAAUCGCACAGGUGGCAUCAACAUCACCGACUGUGAGCAGUGCACGCCAGGCUACUACUGUGAAACAUAUGGGGCUGACCUACCCACUGGACUGUGUGACCCAGGCUUCUACUGUCCAGGUGGUCAAGACACCAUCCGGCCAAUGGAUCUGGUCUGUAGUCCUGGUCAUUUCUGUCUCCAAGGCAGCUGGAACCAGACUGGCUGUCCAUCUGGGUACUACCAGGCCAACUGGCAGAGCUCUGACUGUGAUAUAUGUCCAAAGGGAUACUACUGCAGGGCUAUUGGUGACUACGAGGUUCUAGACACAGACAACAGUACCUCCUAUGGCAACUUCAGCAGCCGUUACCGCAGCUACAGGGGUGUGUCUGUCCCCACCGUCUGUCCAGCUGGGUCUUACUGCCCACUGGGCACUAAGCAUGAUAUAGAGUACCUGUGUCCAGCUGGUACCUAUAGCAACAUGACUGGACUGUCCAACAGUACACAAUGUACACCUUGUGAUGCUGGCAUGUUCUGCCUGGGAGAAGGUAACACAGCUCCCACAGGCCCUUGUUCACCACGCCACUACUGCACCUUGGGUGCCUCCACCUCAACACCAACAGAUGGCGUUACUGGUGACACAUGCCCUGCAGGACGCUACUGUUUGGAAGGCAGUAUCACAGGUGAUGGUUGUCCAGUGGGGACCUUCAGUAACGUGACUGGCUUGGCUAAUAGUAGUGAGUGCCAAGCAUGCACACCCGGAUAUUACUGCGGACGUACAGGACUGACUGAGGAAUCAGGGACAUGCUGGGCAGGUUUCUAUUGCACUGGUGGCUCCAUUGAACCAGACCCAGUAGGACAGAGUUAUGGAGACGGAUGUCCUGCUGGUAACUACUGUCCUAAUGGAACAUACACUCCCAACAGGUGUCCACCUGGAACCAUGCUGGACAUUGGCAAUAUGCAGGACAUCACAGACUGUGUGCCUUGUAGUGCAGGUUACUACUGUGAGAGUUGGGGUAUGACAAACGUGACAGCACCGUGCUCUGCUGGCUUCUACUGCAUGCGUGGGGCUAACAACUCUGCCCCAAUGGAUGGAACUACUGGUGACAUCUGCCCAGCUGGAGCUUACUGUGAGCUAGGGUCUGCCAUUUACUCUCACUGUCCAAACGGUACCUAUACGAACCACACCGGGGCCUCUGUGUGUGCCAUCUGCCCACAGGGUCACUACUGUGUGAACAGGGACAGGGCAGACCCAUGCACACAGGGCUACUUCUGUCCUGAGGGGACUGGAGCUGAUCUACAACCCUGCCCCCUAGGGACCUUUGGGAACACCACAGGGCUGGGCAGUGUGGACCAGUGUACCCCGUGUACCGGAGGUUACUACUGUGGAACUCCAGGGUCACCAGACCCAGAUGGUCAGUGUGACCCAGGGUAUUAUUGUGAGUCAGGUGUGGACACUGCCACGCCCACUAAUGGUACCCAUACAGGCACAGGUGACCUUUGUCCAGUUGGUCAUCAUUGUCCAAGAGGGUCUGCUGUACCUACCCCAUGUGCUCCAGGAACAUAUAAUUCUGAUCAAGGACGUGCCACUUGCCUGACCUGUCCAGCUGGCUACUUCUGCCUCAGCAACACCAGCGAUCCCUUCAUCAGCCCAUGUCCAGUUGGUCACUACUGUCCAGCUGGGACAGCCUAUGACACCGAGAACCCCUGUCCAGCUGGGACAUACAAUCCAAACACCAUGCAGACCAAUUCUACGUCCUGUGACUCGUGUCCACCUGGUCAGUACUGCCAGAGUGCUGGACAAAGUGCCCCCACUGGGAACUGUAGUGCUGGCUGGUUCUGUACUGGAGGGGCUAUAGCAUCACAGCCUAUUGUUUUGGGUAAUUUCACAGACAUCAAUGUGUGUUCCUGUCCAGAAUAUAACUACACAGGAGGAAGGUGUCAGCCAGGCACAUACUGCCCCAGUGGUUCCUCAGCUCCUGUACAAUGUACUUCCGGGUCCUACUGUGACAACUAUGAGCUGCCAACUCCCACAGGUCUCUGUUCAGCUGGUUACUACUGCCCUGGUGGUAACAAGGUACAGAAUCCAACACAAUACCUGUGUACUGAGGGUGCAUACUGCGAACAAGGAUCGCCUCUGCCAACACCUUGUCCAAACGGGACUUUCUCCAACACCACUGGGAAUGUGGAGCUGGCAAAUUGUCUGAAUUGUACUCCAGGAUACUACUGUAAUGGUGUAGGACUGACCAGCGUGUCUGGACCUUGUGCCGAUGGUUUCUACUGUCCAGGUGGCCAAAGUACAGCCACACCAGAUGAGUUCAGAUGUCCACAAGGAUCAGAAUGUCCAUCUGGCAGUCCAUCACCAGUUAUUUGUCAGAGAGGAUUCUUCCAAAGCAAUGAAGCCCAACCAUCCUGUGAUGUGUGUCCAUCUGGCAUGUAUUGUGACCCCCAUGAACUGGGCAAUGUGACAGGCGUGGUGACCCCUGUCGUGUGUCCAGCUGGCUACUUCUGCCCCAACAACACUCAGUAUGCCACCCAGAAUCCUUGUGCCCCUGGAUCUUUUAGUAACAACACUGGGCUGGCCGCACAGGCUGACUGCAGUGACUGCACACCUGGGAUGUACUGUGGUACAGCAGGCCUCACAGAGCCCACUGCACAGUGCCAGGCUGGCUAUUUCUGUAGUGGCCGGGCCAGUACUGCCACACCUACAGAUGGCGCCACAGGUGACAUCUGUCCUCAGGGAUUGUAUUGUCCUCAGGGAUCUAGUGUGGGUGUCAACUGCCCAAUAGGUCGCUAUGGCAACCAGACAGGUCUAACUACAUCUACAGAAUGUACCCUGUGUGACCCUGGCUGGUACUGUCCUACACCUGGCCUCACUGCCUCCUGGGGAGAGUGUACUGCAGGGCACUAUUGUGAGCUGGGGGCCACAGCAGCCAGUCCAAGGAAUGCAACCUGGGGCUACCUGUGUCCUGUUGGUCACUACUGUCCACAGGGAAUACCCACACCAACCCCAUGCCCACAAGGGACAUACCAACCUUCUGCUGAUGGUAAAGCCAAUGUGACUGACUGCCUAGCCUGUGAUGCAGGUUACUACUGCCAAGUGUCUGGAAGUGAAAAUGUCACCAAUCAGUGUAGUCCAGGUUAUUACUGCCAGGGCGGCGCCAGCGUCUCCACUCCCACAGAUGGUGUGACUGGAGACAUCUGUCCAGCAGGACACUACUGCCCUCUAGGGUCAGGUUCACCAACCCCCUGUGCCAAUGCCACUUACAUGAACCAUACUGGGGCAUCAGAGUGCUACCCAUGUCCAGCUGGUCACUACUGUGUCAACAGGGACAGAGCUGACCCCUGUCCACAAGGUUUCUACUGUCCAGCCAGCACUGGUGCUGAUGUACAGCCAUGUCCAGUUGGAACAUUUGGUGCCACCAUCAUGCUUACAAAUGAAACAGACUGCAAUCCGUGCACUGGUGGAUUCUACUGUGCCACCCCAGGUCUCCCCGCUCCCACUGCUGCCUGUGACGCUGGAUUUUACUGUACUUCUGGAGUGAACAUCUCUGCUCCUCAAGAUGGUGUCCCUUACACGGGACAGGGUGGACUCUGUCCCAUGGGAUCUGACUGUCCCGGUGGCUCUGCCUAUCCCACCAUCUGUAGGGCUGGGACAUACACCAACCAGACUGGGACAGCUGCUUGUGAUACCUGUCCUGAAGGUUUCUUCUGUGUGAAUGAGACUAUCAACCCAGAGAUGUGUCCAGCUGGUCACUACUGUCCAGCAGGCACAGAGUUUGAUGUCCAGUACCCAUGUCCUGCUGGCACUUUCAACAAUGAUACAGGGGCCAGUAACUUGACCAACUGUGUCCAGUGUUCCCCAGGGUGGUACUGUCAUGGCACAGGGAAUGUAGUGCCCACUGGUCAGUGUGAUCCUGGCUUUUACUGUCCAGGAGGGUCAUACCAGCAAAGACCAUUUGACUCUGGAGUACUGGUCAAUGUUUCAGGAUCUCUACAGAGUCUCUUCUCCAAUGACACCUGUACACCAACCUGGGACUGUGUCUGUCCAUCUUUCCGAAUGACCACUGGUGGUGUGUGUCCAAUUGGCUACUACUGUCCACAGGGCUCAGCCAACCCACUGCCUUGUGAUGGCGGGAAAUAUUGUGAGAGUCCAGGACUAGCCGAACCUACAGGUAACUGCAGUGCUGGCUGGUAUUGUAACCACACCAGUUCAGUACCUGACCAGCACAUCUGUCCAUCUGGUCACUACUGCCCAGUGGGCACUGCUGUCCCAGAGCCCUGUCCAUCUGGAACGUACAAUAAUGCCACCAAUGGCGAUGAACUGACCGACUGCACCAACUGUACUGCUGGGAUGUUUUGUCAAGGUGAUGGCAACUCCUUCCCUGAUGGCCAGUGUGACCCAGGAUACUACUGUCCAGGUGGUCAAGACACAUCCAGUCCCACUGACCGGCUCUGUUGGAUGGGCAGCUACUGUCCAGUGGGGUCACAAUGGCCAGUGCUCUGUCCUAAUGGCACAUACCAACACAAUGAGGGCAGAGAUGACUGUAUUGUAUGUCCUGAGGGAUACUAUUGUGAUCCAAACGGAGGCAAUAACACAGUUAUUGAUGGUCACCCAGUUGUGAACCCAACAGAAUGUCCAACUGGCCAUUACUGUCCACUGGGCACCACUUUGCCCAGAAGUAACCCCUGUCCAGCUGGCACCUAUGUGGCUGUCACCCAGUCCAUUGGUGUAGAGAACUGCACAGCUUGUGAUGCUGGCUCAUAUUGUGAGAUUGAGGGACUGUCAGCGCCAUCUGGACCUUGUCAUGCAGGAUAUUACUGUACUGGAGGAGCAGAUAGUGCAGCACCCAUCAAUCACUUGGUGGAUAUCAGCAGUGCUAACUUCACUGGCAAUGACAUAUGCCCAGCUGGUUACUACUGCCCUAAUGGCACUGUGUACCCUGUGGCUUGCCCUCUAGGAACCUCCUCUACAGUGCAGGGGUUGACCAAUGCAACAGAAUGUGAGCUGUGCCCUGCAGGGCGCUACUGCAGUGAGAUGGCUUACACUGCUGGGAAUAAUGCUCCUAUGUGUGAUCCUGGCUACGUAUGCUUACAAGGCAGUUCCACCCCUACUCCCCUAGAUGGCGUUGUUGGCUACGUCUGUCCACCAGGGUUCUACUGUCCAGAGGGCUCUAGUGUAGAGCUGGGCUGUGGUGUGGGUACAUACCAGCCUAACUCUGGCCAGGCUAACUGCACCAUAUGUCCAGCUGGCUGGAUGUGUGACAAACACAAUAUGACCACACCUGAACCCUGCAAGUCUGGUCACUACUGCCCAGAAGGCAAUACUUCCCAGCCAUGUCCACCAGGCACAUACAACAAUGGCACUGGACUGAGCAGUGCUAGUGACUGCCCCUACUGUCCUCCUGGCAUGCACUGUAUGGGAUAUGGUAACUCUUUCCCAACAGGUCUUUGUCAAGAAGGUUACUACUGUCAGGGAGGUGCCAGUACCAGCACACCCUCACCCUCUGUCCUGUUCCCCAUGAAUGACCUGUGUCCACCUGGCUAUUACUGUCCUGAAGGAACAGGAGCACCAGUGGAGUGUCCAUCUGGAACACUCAGGAAUGUCACAGGAGGGAGAUCAGAAGCUGACUGCGCCCCGUGUACUGCAGGCUACUAUUGUGCAAACCCAGGGUUGAGUUCACCAACAGGACAGUGUGCUGCAGGGUACUACUGCCCACCAAAUCAAACCACCACUUCAGCCUCGCCCACAGAAACAGGAUGCCCAAUUAAUAACUACUGUCCCAUUGGGUCUCCUGACCCCAUACCCUGUCCACGAGCCCAGAGUCAGCCUAAUGUCCGCCAGGCUUCGUGUGAAAAAUGUCGAGCUGGGUAUUACUGCCAGGGUGUCAAUGAGUUCAUCUGUCCACCUCACCAUUAUUGUCCUGAAGGAACCUUUAACCCCUAUAUCUGCCCCAAUGGCACAUAUACAGAUAACACCACUACAGGCCUGCGGGAUUCCACUGAGUGUCUGCCAUGUCCAACAGGAUUAUUCUGCAGGAGCGGAGAGUUGCAGUACAACUGUUCUGCCGGGUAUUUCUGUCUGUCAGGAGCAUACGACCCUACUCCAGAGGACACUCUCAAGUACAACGACACCUAUAACCCUGACCAGGACUUCUGUGAGGCAGGCACUGUGUGUGCUGGACCUUGUCCAGAAGGGUUUUACUGUCCAGAGGGGGCACAGGACCCUAUCCCCUGUCCAGAACACACCCUGAGGGAGGUAAAGGGAGCCAGCCAGUUGUCUGACUGUAUGGAGUGCCCUGCUGGCUAUUACUGCUUGGAAGGAGACCCAAUAAAGCACAGCUGUACAGAAGGUCACUACUGUCUGGCAGGGCAGGGACGGGCAGAGUGUCCUAGGCUUACAUACAGGGAUACUGUGGGUGCUGCCAAUAUCACUGACUGCCACCCCUGCACACCUGGUUACUGGUGUAACUACACUGGUAUGGCCAGCUACACGAACAUCCCAUGUCCAGCUGCCCACUUCUGCUUAGAGGCCUCAGAACCAGAGCUGUGUCCAGCAGGACGUCUGAGAAACACCACUGGUGCAGCCAGUUGGACUGACUGUCCACUGUGUAGGCCAGGCUACUACUGUCCAAACAACACGGAAAACACUGGUGGAAUACCAUGCAGAGCAACAUUCCAGUGUCCAGAGGGAUCGGCUUUGGAAACUGACUGCAUGGGUGGAUACUACUGUCCAGCAGUCACUGGGGAUCCCUUGCUGUGUCCAGCAGGAUAUUAUUGCCCAAAUGCUACUGAGGUGCCAUACAUAUGUAACUACACUACUUACUGUCCUGCUGGAAGUGACAAGCCACUCCAGUGCCCUCUAGGGUACAUUGCUGUGGAUCACAACCAGCUGAGGGUCAGUGAGGCAGAGUCCUGCAUUAUCUGUCCAAACGGCACAUACAGCAAUAAUACAAACUACUAUAACUGCACUAUCUGCCCAGCUGGCUACUACUGCUACGCUCCUGCAGGUUAUUACAUGGACUUCCCGUGUCCAAGGGGAUACUACUGUCCAGAGGGGUCACACAUUCCUGAGCCAUGUCCGCCAGGACGAUACGGAAACAGAGAAAAGGCAAAGUCAUUUAGUGAAUGUGCCCAGUGUGCUGCAGGUUUGUUCAAUGAUCUGUCAGGACAGACAGCCUGUAAAGGAUGUGGAAGCACUUCAACAUCCACUUUGGGAAGUAUUGUCUGUACGUGUACUGGGAAGAACAGAGCUUUCCAGAGCUCCAUAGGUUCUUGUGAGUGUGAAUCAGGGUAUAUCUACUACAAUGAAGCUGACCAGAAGGAGGAAACUGGGAAUGGAGACGGAGACUGUCAGUUGAUUGUGGAUACUCGCUGCUCCCUGGGGCAGGUCCGUCUGGCUGAUGAAAGGACAUGCGUCUACCCUGACAGUUACGAUUGCACAGAAAAGUGUGAUGGAAAGAGUGGACAACUGAAUAGCGAUCUUGGCAGCUGUGAGUGUGACAGUUAUGUAGAGCCCAGUGAGUAUUGUAACUCAGCCUGCCUCAGCACUGCACCAACCAUCUCUGUAGAAAGGAAGGCUGACGGAACUGUGGUCAGCACCUUUUAUGAUCCUGUCACUGGGAUAUACCAAAGUCAGACACUGGCUGGUGUUAUAGGGCCUAACAGUAAAACAUCUGGCAGCAAGAAUACUUAUGUUGUCAGCUGCUGGCCAGACAGAAUAACUGGGGACUUUUUGUAUGAUGCAGACCAGACGGAUGCAGCUUUUACAUCACUAAAAGAUCUUACAGUCACCACAACUGGCUCAGUUGUCACCACCGGUGCCAGACGUCUGCUCCAAGUGGUGAACACCACAACCACCAUCACCAACAGUUCUGGAUUAUCAGUACCCAACCCAAUCAUCUGUCUUGAACUGGACGAGAUGAUGGUCUUCCGGAUAUGGGUCAAUGAUACUGAACGUACCUUGAGUCACUACCCAGUAUACUUGAAGAAUCAUUUGUACAAUUCCAACCCGUUGUUUGACUAUGGGGCCUUCACGGAGUUGGCGUACUAUGUGGAACAGACCAACGUAACUGUCAACUCAUUUGCUCAUGUGUUUACCACUGAGGGAACCUAUGUGUUUGUGGAUGCACAGUCAAAUGCAAGGCAGUUAAUUGUGACAGUCAAACCAGCUGGAAGCGCCUGUAGCACUGACAAGAGUCGUAUCCAGCCUUCCUCUACAGCGAACUUGGUGAACCUUGGGGUACAGAAGAGUCAGUCGACCAAUGAAGCACCUGACUGGGGACUCAUAUAUGGCAUGUUGGCAUUCCUGGGUGCCUGUGUUAUCCUAAUGGUAGUGGGUGUUAUCAUCUGGCGACCACGUGAUGCUGGCAUAUAUCCCAUGAAGCACUGGAAGCCCAAAUAUCGCAGCUUGGGGGCGCCACCUGCUGUACCCCAUUACCUGAUGUAUGACAGUGAUCACUGGGAUGAUUUACAUAAACAUGGGGCAUUCCCUGUAAGACAUCUUGGAGAUGGGGCAGAAGCUGAUGUUACCAUUGGUGAUUCUGGAGAACCUGUCCUUGAAGAUUUCAAUGUCCGUGUCCUGUACGACAAGCUUGAGGACCAAAAUCUCCAUCUUGCAUCCCAGCUGGCCAAACAUCAGGAUGACCUGCGGAACUUCUAUGAGCGUAUGAGUGGGCAGAAUGAAGAACUCAAAAAACUGCUCAAUAACCUGGAUGUGUCCAAGCUUGCAGAAAUAGAGAAACAGAGACAGCGUGAGGGCGAUGGUCAAGUCGUCCAUGAAGGACUUCAGGGUGCAGCUGCAGAGGGAACCAAUGUGUUGAACACCAACAUAACACUAGGUGGCACUGGUCAUUCCAAGUAUAAAUUUGCAGGAGGUAGCAGCAAGGAAGCAGAACUGAUGCAUGCAUUACAGCUCCUGGUGGAGAGGCUGAACUCUGGCAAUAUUCCCAUCACAGAGGAGAUGAUCAGGAAUGCACAGAAAGGUGGAGUUCUGAACAUCAACACACAAGGUGGCGCUGGAGCACCUGUGGCUGGUCAGGAUGAUCUGUUGAGGAGGCAGCUGGCAGAACGUGUACAACUGGAGAGAGACUUACAAGAGGAAGAAGCCCAGACCUUGACUGAUGCUCUAGAUGACCAGGAGAAGAAACGCCAACAGCUUCUGGACAAAAUGGCUGAUAAACUGGCUUUCAAACUGCAAGGUGAUCUGACAGAGGAAGAAAUGCGAGACAUCAUCGCCAAUCAUGAGCGUGAGCUUCAGACAGCUAUGGAACAGUUCAACUCAGCCAAGGAGAAACAGUUGAAAGAAAUACGCAGCAGAUUGGCUGAGAAGAGACGCCAGAAAGAGGCUGCACUCAGGGAAAAACAUGCACAAGAGGCUGCAGCCGCUGGACUCCCGCUACCAUCAGACCCAGUAGACACAAUAGGCAGCAAGGUCCUGGCCAAUGAGGCCCUCCAUGAUGCCCAGAAUGCUGAGGAGAGUGCUGAGUUAGCCAAGGCACAGGCUGACAUCAGCAACAAGACCACCAAUGAAUUUAACAACAAGAUGUCUGAGAGUCUACAAGAGCAGCUGGAGGACUUGGUCAACAAUGGUUCCAUGAGCGAAGAAGAAAAACAAGCAAUAGUCAGAAACCAACUUGAUGUGGAGGCUGCCAUUAAAGCCAACAUGGAAAAGCGUCGUGCCAUGCAGGUGUCACAGAUUCGUAGCAAUAUGGGCACCAGAAGAAGAAAAAAGAUGAACAAACUGAAAGAUAAACAGGAACAGGAAAGGAUGGAGAUUUCCACCAAGAUGAUGCAGGAAGGCAAGCACGAGGAGCUUGAAAAGGUGCUACAAGACAUGUCAACACAGCAUAGCUAUGAGAGGGAAGCACUGGAGGCUCAGCUAGAGUCUGAGGAAGCAGAACACAUCAAGAGAGCCACAGAAGCAACCAAUGAAGAGUACAUGAACACUGUGAAAGAUGCUCAGAGAGAGCUGAUUAAGAGGUUGCCAGAAUCCAACCCUCAGAUAGAUGCCAUAAUGCAACAGAAGAUACUUGACCAGUACCGCAAAGACUCUGAGACCUUAGAUCAAGAACUGCAGUACCAGAAGGGCAGACAGGCACAGGAGUUGCAGGCUAAGUUAGCCUCCCGUAAGGCUCGUAAGUUGCUGGAGUCUAAGAGGCAGGCAGAAGAGAAGGCAGCCCAGAGGUUCUUGGAGGAGCAGGAGGCCCAGAUGAAGCAAGUAGUGAGGCCCACAGAGGGUGCUGGACUUCUUAAACCACCUCAGGUUAAUUACCAGGAAUCUGUGGAGGAGCAGGCAUUGAAGAAAGAACAGCAAAGAGCCCAGGAAGAAAUGAAGAAGAGACAUGCAGAUGAGCGUGAAAAGUUACGAGAAGAACUGGACAAAGAAGCCAGGGAGGCAGAGAAAAAACUGAACAAGACUGCUGAAGCAGACAGAGAAAAGAUAUUGAAAGAGAAGAAGAACAAACAAGCUGCUGAACUGGCUGCCAGAACUGAUCUCACAGAAGAACAAGUAGCUGCUCUUAUUGCCUCACAUGAACAUGAGUUGGAAGAACUGGCAGAGAAGCUGGAUGCAGACAGGGCACGACAGCAGUUGAACAUGAGAGAUAAACUUGCUGAGAGAAAGGCUCGUAAAUUGGCAGAACAAAGAAGAAAGCAAGAGCUGCAGCUGACCAAAGAGAUGCUGGAACAGAAGAAGGAAUUAGAUGAAGUGAAAACACAAAAGGCCAAGGAAAUAGAACAGCAGGCCAUGAUGGAAGGUGUCCAGGAGAAUGGAAUAGAUGACAGUGAUAAAGUUGUGAGAGCUGUGCUGGCUAAAAGACAUCAACAGGAGGUGCAAGACUUGGACAAAGAGUUUGCUGCAAAGAAACAUCUGAUGGUGGAUUCCGCCAUCAGUCAGCUUCAGGACAAGUAUGAGAAGAAACGUGAGGAGAUAAUGAAGAGACAUGAUGCUGAACUACAAGCAUUACUGGAAGAAGAUCUGACCCCAGAGGAGCUCCAACAAAAGAGAGCAGAAUUGUUGAACAGGCAACAGCUGGAGCUGGCAGCACUGGACAAGAAACUUCUGGAAGAACAGAAAGAAAUUGAGAGGAGUGCCUUAGCCAACUGGGAGGUUGCUUAUGCCCAGGCUAAAUUGAAUUUGAAGGAGAGGCACUACAAGGAAUUUGCUGAGGCCCUACGAGAAUUUGACCCAGACAAUGAGGGUAUCCAACAGGCUGAACUAGCUGUAGAGGAACUGAAUGAGGUGAAGAGAAACCUGGAGCAACAACGGAAAGAAAUGGAAGAAAGAUUGAGGAAGGAAAGAAAAGAAUUUGAAGCAGAAAGAAAGAAAAAUCUGAGUGACGAGUUGGAUUCAUUCAAUCAGCAUUUGGAUGAAGAAAUGCAACAUGAGAAGGAAAGGUUUGACAAGAAUGUUGAAGCCCUUAACAGACGUAAAGAAGAAAUGCUGGAGGCAAAGAAAAAGAAAGUCAGGGAGGAGAUUGAAAGAAUGUCCAAACAAGGCAGCAGUAAAGAGGAUCAGGAGAAACUUCUGGAAGAACAUAACAAGGAUGUUCAGCGUCUGGUCAACAAAAUGGACGCAGACAAAAUGAGAAUGCAGGCCAGUUUGCAGGACAGGCUUAAGAAGCGUCGUGAAGAAAAGAUGAAGACAAAGAAAGAAGAUGUAGAAGAGAAUAUGAAAGACCAGAUGAUGGAGUUUGCUGAGAAGCAAAAGAGUGAGCAAGACAGGCACAGAGCAGAGGAGGCUAUGAAACUUAAAGAGACACUCAACAAAGACUUGGGUGUUCCUCAACCACAAGGCCUGGAGGGCAUCACCCCCAUGGGUAGCCAGACGUAUGUGAGUGGGGUGCCUGGCACACCCCAAACCAUCCCUCUGACUGGGGCCCCAGGGGUGGCUCCACCAAUGCCCCAGGGAUUCACCAUGGCAGCUCCACUGAAUGAAAAUGAAGUGACAGCGUUGCUGAUGGCAUCUCCACUGUAUCAGAAACUGGAACAGAUGAAGAAAGUACUUGCCAAUGGUGGAGUGAAGACUGGUCAUAAGAUGGCUCCAGGAGAAGGCUACAUUGAUCCACUGGAUGCAGAAUGGACAGAGGACACAGAGUUAGAACCAGUCGACCUGAACAAGAUUGGUGCAAGGAAAUUUGUUGUUUACAAGUUUGCCUGCUUCAUUGUGGACCUUGUAGCAGCCCAUUGUCAACAUUUACCAGUGACUCUGCUUCUGGCUGAUAAGAUCCCUCCAAAUAAGCCACUGGCCCAUAAUGCAUACAGGAAUUCCUUCUAUUACGAUGCUAACAACAGGAUUUUGUACAUCCGCAAAGCCCGCGUGGAUAAUGUUGGAGAGUUUGUGCUGGUGCUGGUGCAUACUUUGUCACAUAUCAAAGCAGGUGAUCUCAGAGACGACACUAGCCCAUUCUUCACCAAAGAAUUCCACCGUGCACUCGCAGUUGUCUGCAACGAUCUCUUCUUCGCUCGAUUCCGUCGUUCUUCCGCCAUUACUACACCUAUUGCAGAAGUGCCCAGCAGCAAAGAACAAGCCAGUCAGCUACUGGAAGCUGUAUUUGGAGAUCAUCAUAAUGAAGAAGAAAAACACCAUAUGGUUGAGGAAUUGUUGGAUGUGGCUCUCCUGCCUGCUACCAACAUUGAAGGAGUUCAUUUCAACAAGGAGAGAUUACAAGAAAGGCUUAACAAAUAUUCCCGGUUUACUUUGAGCAACAAACUGCAGUCCCAGUUGGGUUCAGUAGAAGACAAGAUAAAGUCUGCUAAAAUUCAUGGCUCUGCUGCCCAAGUGACUGAGGAACUGGCAGCUAAACACAGAGAAAGCACAGGUGAUGGUCUGAAGUCUGUGGACAAACCCUCAAUGGCCAGUGUGAUGACAGCCAAUAUGACUGGUACUGCCCUCUACAGGACAUUUGUCAACAAAUUAGAGCCCUCCCCUGACAUGGCAAUCAGACAGUCACCCAUGGAUUCAACCUCACAGCUCAUGGAACAAGUAAAGGGCCUGGAGGAGAAAGUAGACUGCCUGUAUGCAGACUUCUCCGAUGCCUCAAGCCAGGUAGUACACCAGAGAGAAGUCAUUAACAAACUGGAAGGCGAAAUGACCCAGGAGACAGACCUGGCCAGUAAGACACAUCCAGACUCUCGAGAACAUGAUCAGCGCAUGCAGACGCUGAAUGCUUUGAGGUCACAGUUGUCUGCAGCUCGUUCUCAUCUUACAAAAUUGGAGAUGCAGCACAAGGCAGUGUCGGAGAAACUGGAUGUUUGCAAGAAGGAGCUACAAGAAAAGAAGGCUAGUCUCAACUCCAAACUGGACAGCACAGCAGGGACUACGAAGCAAGAUACAGCUGGGUCUAGUGGAGGAGCUCCUUCCAAGCCACCACCUAAAUCUAAGGGAACCAUUUUUGGAGAAGGCUACAUUGAUCCACUGGAUGCAGAAUGGACAGAAGACACAGAGUUGGAACCAGUUGACCUGAACAAGAUUGGUGCAAGGAAAUUUGUUGUUUACAAGUUUGCCUGCUUCAUUGUGGACCUUGUAGCAGCCCAUUGUCAACAUUUACCAGUGACUCUGCUUCUGGCUGAUAAGAUCCCUCCAAAUAAGCCACUGGCCCAUAAUGCAUACAGGAAUUCCUUCUAUUACGAUGCUAACAACAGGAUUUUGUACAUCCGCAAAGCCCGCGUGGAUAAUGUUGGAGAGUUUGUGCUGGUGCUGGUGCAUACUUUGUCACAUAUCAAAGCAGGUGAUCUCAGAGACGACACUAGCCCAUUCUUCACCAAAGAAUUCCACCGUGCACUCGCAGUUGUCUGCAACGAUCUCUUCUUCGCUCGAUUCCGUCGUUCUUCCGCCAUUACUACACCUAUUGCAGAAGUGCCCAGCAGCAAAGAACAAGCCAGUCAGCUACUGGAAGCUGUAUUUGGAGAUCAUCAUAAUGAAGAAGAAAAACACCAUAUGGUUGAGGAAUUGUUGGAUGUGGCUCUCCUGCCUGCUACUGACAUUGAAGGGGUUCAUUUCAACAAGGAGAGAUUACAAGAAAGGCUAAACAAAUAUUCCCGGUUUACUUUGAGCAACAAACUGCAGUCCCAGUUGGGUUCAGUAGAAGACAAGAUAAAGUCUGCUAACAUUCAUGGCUCUGCUGCCCAAGUGACUGAGGAACUGGCAGCUAAACACAGAGAAAGCACAGGUGAUGGUCUGAAGUCUGUGGACAAACCCUCAAUGGCCAGUGUGAUGACAGCCAAUAUGACUGGUACUGCCCUCUACAGGACAUUUGUCAACAAAUUAGAGCCCUCCCCUGACAUGGCAAUCAGACAGUCACCCAUGGAUUCAACCUCACAGCUCAUGGAACAAGUAAAGGGCCUGGAGGAGAAAGUAGACUGCCUGUAUGCAGACUUCUCCGAUGCCUCAAGCCAGGUAGUACACCAGAGAGAAGUCAUUAACAAACUGGAAGGCGAAAUGACCCAGGAGACAGACCUGGCCAGUAAGACACAUCCAGACUCUCGAGAACAUGAUCAGCGCAUGCAGACGCUGAAUGCUUUGAGGUCACAGUUGUCUGCAGCUCGAUCUCAUCUUACAAAAUUGGAGAUGCAGCACAAGGCAGUGUCGGAGAAACUGGAUGUUUGCAAGAAGGAGCUACAGGAAAAGAAGGCUAGUCUCAACUCCAAACUGGACAGCACAGCAGGGACUACGAAGCAAGAUACAGCUGGGUCUAGUGGAGGAGCUCCUGCCAAGCCACCACCUAAAUCUGCAUUGAAAAAGAAAUAAGCCAUUCCAUUCACAAACAUUUUUUGACUACGCAGAAAUUAAGCGCCUUAUGGAAUGCUUUACUGGACAUACAACAUACACCUGUCAAAUAUUUAGCAUUUGAAGAAAGACUACAGUCUAUAAAUGUUAAAUUUUCUAUUAUUUAGUUAGCUGUAUAUUAUGCAUGCCGUCCAGAUUAGGUUAUUUUUUGACACAAAAUAUUGUUCUGAGAAACUGCUCAGCAUUUGAGUUACCUCAGAUAUUUACAUAGCACAUUGUAGCUGAGUUUCUUGACGUCCAAUAUUUAUGGGAACAUUUAUGAAAAGAGACUAGUCCACAAAUGUCAACUGUUCUAUAUCCUAUGUGUAUACAUUAUGAAUACCGUCCAAAUGAUGUUAUUUUGAGACCAAGACCAAAAAUCUUUUUCAAGCAUUGUAGUAGAACUGCAAAUUGUUUCAUAAAUACCAUGAAAUUAUGAAAAAAUAUAUUUUUUGAGAAAUUGCUUAAGAGAAAAUGGAAAUCAAAUUGAGAGCAUAAACAUGCCUCAUUUGCCAUGCCGUCCAUAACAUAAUCUGUUUAUUUCAAGCAUUUAUCAAUAUUUAUAUAUAUAUAAUCCAGAUUUUUAUAUAUUCAGCUUUACACUGCAAUCUCUACUAGUGCUAGCUUUUCUAUUGAAAUGAUUUUUUAAUGUAACUAAGUCAGUUUGAUAAGAUAUAUUUGUGUACAUAGCUGGAUCCGUCCAUUAAAAGUACUUACAUGUAUAUUAUUCUGAUUUAUAUGGAUCACAAAGUAAUUAUGCUCUGUUUACAAGUACAAUUUUGUAAUGCGCUGGUAGCAUUUUAAGAAAUUAUUUAAUAAUAAUUUGAAACCAAUGUCUGUGAUUUGAUAAGCACCACAUAUUAAAAAUUUGACUGCAUUUACUUGGCUAUUAUUAGAAGCAUUUCAGACAUGUCUAAAUUAUAAAUGUACUAUCUGAAGGAAGAGGAAAUAAAUACUUAGUUAACAAAAUAUGUCAUUCUCAUUUUAUUGAUGGGCCCUUUAUUUUGUUUAAAGAUUUUAAAAAAUGUUUUUGACAUAAUUCAUUCUUCAUGCCGUGUCCAAAUGUAGGGGGCAAGUAUUUUGACAUUAAUUUUAUUU